AUGAGGAAACUGAUGCUCAGAGAGGCUCCCGCCCUUACCCAGCCCAGUCCUGAAGGCAGAACGAAUGGGGCUUCCUGUCUCCAGGUCCUGCUCCUGCAGCGGCUGCGGCGGCUGCUGGGAGUUGCUGGGACACUGGAGUCUGCAGCUUGCAGGCAGCCUCGUGUGUGCAGUCUGAUCAUGGGGGACCAGGAUGCCCGGGCCGGAGAGUGGCCGCGCAUCCAGCACCACGAGGUGCAUGCGUGUGGGGGCUCGCUCGUUGCCCCACCCCCCACCGUGGGUGCUGACAGCGGCUCACGGCUUCCCGAAGUUAACAGCCAGCCACUAGGCUUGAGCAAGGGGAGAGUGCCACUGCCUCGGUACCGGGCGCGCCUCGGGAUGCUUCACCUGGGUCCCUCCUCACCCCACGAUCUCUCAGCGCCUGUGCAGAGAAUGCUGCCCUAUCUCCCUGGCCUCCCCUCUUCUUCCCCGACUACUCUGAGGGGAGUGAGUGCCAUUGUUGGAUGUGCACACUUGUGCACACUCUACCACCUAGGCACCAACGUGCCCCAUGCUGAGCAUAUAGUGUUACCAGGAAACCUGUGCGCUGGCUCCAUCCAGGGCCACAAGGAUGCCUGUCAGGACGAUCCUGGGGGACCCCUGACCUGCUAGUCUGGGCACUGGGUCCUGGUGGGCAUGGUGAGCUGGGGCAGGGGCUGUGGCCUGCCCUAGUGUACAGGUGUGUAUACCAAUGUAGCUAUUUACAGCCACUAGAUUCAGGCUUGUCUCGGCCUCUGUCGUGGUGACAAUGACCUGCAGUCAGAUGCUGGGGGCCCUCAGCUACUUGGUCUCUCUGGGAACCUGCACAACCCCCACCCUGGCCACUUCUGA